AUGUUGUUGACCGCGGAAAAGGUGUUUCACUCAUUUGGAUCUGCUGCGGAAGCAAACUAUGCACAAGAAGUGGACAAAGGAAAACAAAAAGACUGGUUUUAUUUUGAAAACAUCAAGAUACUGUUUAGCAAACAGACGGCAGGUAUUGAUAAAAACAACCUGAUAUUAGCACAAGGAGCCAAGGCUGGAAGUGUUUACUGGAAAUAUCUAGCCUUGCAAACGCCAGGACAGGAUGCACAGAACUUAUUUGAGCCUGGGUGUCGGUUUGUUGUGCUCGACCUUGGAGGAGGAACCGUGCAUUUCACAGCCUACGAGGUCGAUAGUGAUGAAUCACUCAGUGCAAUUCUCAAACCCUGUGGUGAAGAUUGGGGAGGGAAUAUGGUCAAUGCUGCAUACAUUGAGAUGCUAUGGCGUAUUUUCGGCAAAGACAUGGUUGAAAAAUUCCAACAAGAUAACCAGGAAGAUUUUUUAGACAUUCAAAAUGAGUUUGAAUCAAAGAAGCGUGAAUUUACAGAAGCAGGUCAAACAGUGCAUCUCAAGCUUCCCAAUUCAGUUGUACUCGUAGUGGAAAAACACAGUACUGUGUCUUCGUUAAUAGGAAAGGCAGGAUUGGAUGACGACGUAGACUUUGCAAGCGGCAAGCUUUCAGUUAGUGGAAAGAUGUUUUCAGAGUUCUUCAAAAAAACAACAAAAGAUAUAGUACGUAGCCUGCAACACCUGUUAGACAGCGCAGAAGUCCACAACUCAAUUGAUAAGCUUCUUUUAGUUGGAGGUUUCUCACAAUCACCAGUGAUGAAAGACUGGUGCGAAGAGGUCAUACAUUUCCACCAGGAAAAUGGAUGA